AUGUUCGCUUCAGACCAAAUUCAACUCAGCUGGCAACAUCUUUGUUUGAUACAACUGUGCAACUUUGGGAUGCUGCAGAUCCAAGUUUUUUCCUUGCAGGCAUAUAGUGGUCAUUCCUCUCAUGUUGCAUCCCUUGAUUUUCACCCCUGCCAAAUAACAAUUCGAAGUCAGAAGCCCAUUAAGAGGUAUCUGUUUGAGAAAGAAAUCCAAUUCAAGACAGCUAGCAGAGUGUUGUAUAUCUCAAAGCAACGUAUCUUAAUAAAUCAAAACAUUUUAAAGGUGAUUACCAUAAAAUCACACAGGAAAGGAUCCUUAUUAAACAGACAUCAACACAAUCAGACAGAAAAGGAAGAUUUACAAAUAUUGUCUAUAACCAAAAUAGAAGGUCCAAUAUUGCAUUCAUGGCACAUAAUUAGAGUUUAA